CUUCCCCGUGUGACGUCAGCAGCGGGGGGUUGGGCGUGCUUUUCUCCGGCUUUACUUCUCUUCUGCAUCAGUCUUCGCCUGAUAACCGGAGAGUCUCACAGCACGACGCUCUGCUGCUUGGAAAACAAAUCGGGAUUACUUCUACUGUACAACUUGGAUAUUUUCAGAAAUUCGUCGCACUGCAACAAUGUUGACUAGUUUAAAGAGUGCGGAAAUGCUGACAGGUCGUCAGUGACUGCAGCUGGAGGUCUCCUGCACCAGGCUUUGAAGUGAGGCCAGGAGUGUGACCUGCUCUCCAGACAAACACACUCCUCCUUGUCCCUCCACACGUACUUUUUUCGCUGCCAGCAACAGGAAAACAGCAGUAGCGGGAGUUUAAAGGGAAGACCUGUCAAAGGAAAUAAUUUAGCCCUAUAAAUCCUCAGACGGAUUAUUCCACUAAACAGGACUCAAACAUGGGGAACCAGUUAACAGAAAUUGCCCCCAACACCCCAUUUCUCCCGAGCUUCCAGUCCCUGCAUGUCGUGGUGAUUGGUUUGGACUCUGCAGGGAAAACUUCCCUCCUCUACAGACUAAAGCUGCGGGAGUUUGUUGAGACCAUCCCAACUAAAGGCUUCAACAUGGAGCGGAUUAAAGUGCCCAUGGGGAACUCCAAAACCAACACCACCACUUUCCAGGUGUGGGACGUCGGUGGUCAGGAGAAACUCAGGCCCCUCUGGAAGUCGUAUACCAGGAGGACGGAUGGGCUGGUGUUCGUGGUGGACGCAGCCGAGACGGAGCGUAUGGAGGAAGCCAAGGUCGAGCUCCACCGGAUCACACGGUCAGCAGAAAACCAGGGGGUACCUGUGCUGGUUCUGGCAAACAAACAGGACCUGGAUGGAGCCAUGUCAGCAUUAGAGGUAGAGAAGGUGCUGGCCCUCCAUGAGCUCAGCUCAUCCACGCUGCACCACACACAGAGUUGCUCGGCACUGGAUGGCCAGGGCCUGCAGCCCGGCCUGGAGAAACUCUAUGAGAUGAUCCUGAAGAGGAAGAAGAUGCUUCGACACAGCAAGAAGAAGAGAUGAAGGGGAGGAUGGCAGCAGUAGUGGGGGUAGACGUUACUUUGUGUACCACUACUAGUCUGAGGAUCUCCUCAGCGGUCAUGCUUUUGACCCUUCUGACUUUUGGAAGGAAGCCUGUCAGGCCUUCAGACGAGUUAGGACGUUUCCAACCAAGUUUUAACUUUGGCUCUGAAGUCUGUGCCAACUGUUGAAAGCUUCCUGCAUCUUCUGAACAUUCGGACAGACCUGCAUCCUUUGGGAUUGUUUUGGCUCCUGAGCACUCUUCCCUCUCCUCAUCUCCCAUCCAUAAAGGAGCACAACAAAGAGACAUACAGCUCCAGUGGGACAGUACAGGGGGACAGUGGGAUAGACAGAUUAAAAACCUGUGCAAUAUAUGAUGAACACUCACUGAUGCACUCACUCCAACAUUGAAGGAUAUUUUGUACCAAGGCCCGGCAGGCCUAGCUCGAGCAUAAUUCCUGUUCCUUUCACCAACUUUAAAUGUUCCACUUUACUAUAAAUCUUUACGUUGCAUGAUGUUCACCCAAAUUCCUGCUUGGGAAUAUUAAGACAACACUUUUGUUGAUCAAAAGAAGACUAUCAAUAUUAUUAUUCUAGGUUAGAAGUUUCCCAGUGUUGAGUUAGGUAUGCCAUUGGGACUACAGUUGAGACGUGCCACAAGUGAACGAACAUGACGUUUACAGACUGAGGCUGCUGUAUCCAGCCGUGCAAGUUAAGAUUGUUUUUCACUCUUCACCAAAGUUGUCACAGUUCAAUGUAUUUCAGGAUUGGUUGGCUGGUUAGUUCAAACAAGAAAUUGUUUUUACAUCGUGUACAUAUUGUUUUGUAAAAUGUCAACAAAUGAAUAAAUUAUUGAGCAAC